AGUGUAGGAAAGGAUGAAACCGCGUCUGUGCCACCAGUAAGUACAGAUAGUAACGUUAGUAUUAAAUCCCCUCGCACGGUCCCGGCAGCCGGACAACUUUCUCACGGUUGUAGAAAUACUCAACCGGUGUCGCUCAUUCAGCCGACAGAAACUUUCAACCGGUUUUCCCCAUUAAGCAGCGAGUCGGAGUCAGAGGCGGAGCCUUCUCUUGUCUCUACUCCCCCCGUUACGGGGUCUGAGACGCCGAAGCCUCCCACCAUUAGCUCUGACAAAUUGAAAACUCUAGUCAUUGGCGACUCCAUUACCCGCAGUAUUAGACUUAAAAACGAAUCAUCCAGCGAUCAUACACUGUUUACCAUGGGGCAGGGCUACCGAAGUUAAGGCUAAUCUGAAGAUGGUGCUGGCUAAAACUGGCGAGUAUAGAGAUAUUGUUAUCCACGUCGGCACCAAGGAUGUUAGGAUGAAACAGUCAGAGGUCACCAAGUGCAACAUAGCUUCAGCGUGUAAAUCAGCUAGAAAGAUGUGUCAGCAUCGAGUAAUUGUCUCUGGCCCCCUCCCAGUUAGGGGGAGUGAUGAGCUCUACAGCAGUCUCACAACUCAAUCGCUCGUUAAAUUGUUUUCUGCCCCUCCCAAAAGAUAGAAUUUGUAGAUAAUUGGCCCUCUUUCUGGGACUCACCCACAAACAGGACCAAGCCUGACCUGCUGAGGAGUGACGGACUCCAUCCUAGCUGGAGGGGUGCUCUCAUCUUAUCUACCAACAUAGACAGGGCUCUAGCUCCACAAUGAAAUAGGGUGCAGGCCAGGCAGCAGGCUGUUAGCCAGCCUGCCAGCAUAGUGGAGUCUGCCACUAGCACAGUCAGUGUAGUCAGCUAUCACCAUUGAGACUGAUUGAGUGUCUGUGCCUCGACCUAGGUUGGGCAAAACUAAACAUGGCGGUGUUCGCCUUAGCAAUCUCACUAGGAUAAAGCCCUCCUCCAUUCCUGUCAUUAUUGAAAGAGAUCAUGAUACCUCACAUCUAAAAAUAGGGCUACUUAAUGUUAGAUCCCUUACUUCAAAGGCAAUUAUAGUCAAUGAACUAAUCACUGAUCAUAAUCUUGAUGUGAUUGGCCUGACUGAAACAUGGCUUAAGCCUGAUGAAUUUGCUGUGUUAAAUGAGGCCUCACCGCCUGGCUACACUAGUGACCAUAUCCCCCGUGCAUUCUGCAAAGGUGGAGGUGUUGCUAACAUUUACGAUAGCAAAUUUCAAUUUACCAAAAAAAAAUGAUGUUUUCGUCUUUUGAGCUUCAUGAAAUCUACAGUGGGGCAAAGAAGUAUUUAGUCAGCCACCAAUUGUGCAAGUUCUCCCACUUAAAAAGAUGAGAGAGGCCUGUAAUUUUCAUCAUAGGUACACUUCAACUAUGAUGGACAAAAUGAGAGAGAAAAAAAUCCAGAAAGUCACAUUGUAGGAUUUUUAAUGAAUUCAUUUGCAAAUUAUGGUGGAAAAUAAGUAUUUGGUCAAUAACAAAAGUUUAAUUCAAUACUUUGUUAUAUACCCCUUGUUGGCAAUGACAGAGGUCAAAUGUUUUCUGUAAGUCUUCACAAGGUUUUCACACACUGUUACUGUCUACUGUCAAAAAGUUAUAUUUUUGUUUCAUCUGACCAUAUUUUUGUUUCAUCUGACCAUAUGACAUUCUCCCAAUCUUCUUCUGGAUCAUCGAAAUGCUCUCUAGCAAACUUCAGACGGGCCUGGACAUGUACUGGCUUAAGCAGGGGGACACGUCUGGCACUGCAGGAUUUGAGUCCCUGGCGGCGUAGUGUGUUACUGAUGGAGGAACUCCAGACUUUCCUGAAGCCCUUAAAGGAGAAGCUGGAGGUCUUUAAUAAAGUUAAACAAACCUGUGACCAAACAGUGAAACACAUUAAGAACAAGGCCCAGCACACAGAGAUGGUGAUUAAAAAAGAUUUUCAGAAGCUCCACCAGUUUCUACGAGAGGAAGAGGGGGUGAGGAUAGCUGUUCUGAGGGAGGAAGAGAAGCAGAAGAGUCAGGUGAUGAAGGAGAAGAUUGAGGAGAUGAGCAGAGAGAUAUCAUCACUUUCAGACACAAUCAGAGCCUUAGAGGAGGAGCUGAGAGCUGAAGACAUCUCAUUCCUGAAGAACUACAAGGCCAUAGUGAGAAGAACCCAGUGCACAUUGCCGGAUCCACAGCUGGUCUCAGGGUCGCUGAUAGACGUGGCCAAACACCUGGGAAACCUGCAGUUCAGAGUCUGGGAGAAAAUGCAAGGGAUUGUGAAAUACAGUCCUGUCACUCUGGACCCCAACACUGCCCACCUAGGUCUCCUCCUAUCUGAGAAUCUGACCAUUGUGGAAUGCACAAAUGAGAAACAGCAGCUCCCUGAUAACCCAGAGAGGUUUGAUUACUAUGCAUGGGUCUUGGGUUCUGAGGGAUUUAACUCAGGGACACACAGCUGGGACGUUGAGGUUGGGAACAAUACAUUCUGGUCACUGGGUGUGAUGGAAAAGUCUGUCCAGAGGAAGGGAGCAGUUAAUACUGGACACUGGCGAUUCUGGCACUUCAAAGGUAAAUAUGGAGCAUUUUCCCCACCAGAAUCAACCAGUGUCCUCCCUGUGGCAAAGAAACCCAAAAGGAUCAGAGUUCAGCUGGACUGGGACAGAGGAGCGCUGUCAUUCUCUGACCCUGAUGAGAACACAUGUUGUUUACACACUAUUUCACACACUUUCACUGAGAGAGUCUUUCCAUACUUGGGUAGUUACUGCAAGCUCUCCCCUCUGAGAAUCGUACCAGCGAAGACCUCUGUAAAAGUACAGCAUAGUUAGAAUCUCUGUCUAGCGCAACAGCAUCUAUUGAUCAUGAUACGUGUGUCAAUACAUGUUUUAUAGGUAAAAAAUAAUCUUACAAAUCAACUCAAUUUUAUUUUACAAUGAACAUAAAAUAGUUUGACAGUGAAAUGUAUAGAAUGUUAAAGGUAAUGGAGCCCUUUUUCUUGAUCACCCUCAUCACAGUGCACUACCCUUCCCCUUCAUGUGAUGUUUCUGCUCAUCUUACAAAUUUACUUGACAGUCAGUCACACUUAACUGUAUAUUCAUCGUAACAUUAUUUGGGAAGCUUAGCCAUUAGAGGCUUCUGUUCUGGAGGAUGCCAAACAGAGCGUUAUAAUAAUACGGAUAAUGAUUCCCAUCUGGCUCAAAGAACCAUGAAACAUAAUGCAAUCUAGUGGUGGGGUUGUCUCAGAGAGAGGUGUUUAGAACAACCAACGCAGGUACUUGGUGCUGCUACCUGCCCAUUGGUCAGUGGGACGGGUACAGAGUGUUCAUACUGUAGGCAGGUGAGCUGACCGACGCCUGGUCAGUGAGGACUAGGUAUGUAUGAAGUGUCCUGGCAGUUGCACAGCUCCAGGUGGUUUGACCUGUUAGGAGACAGCCUGACCAGGCUUUGGACCUCAGCAGAGCAGGCCGACCCUGUCUGAGAAGGAUCUGUCAAACUAAACGUGAGGUAUUCUAUCCGCCCUGUGUAUUGUACAUUAUUUGUAAGGCCUGUUGUAUGUCUUGUUAUUACCAGUAAUUCUCUAUAAUAAAAUUGGACAAAAAUGUGAA